CCUUUCUUCUGUAGGAAGAUGGUGGCUGUCUUCGGACUUUUCCUGCUUCUGUUUUUUCCGGCACAUGUCCACCCUCUUGUCGUGGUUGACCCAUCACCGUUUGCUAAUGUGACUUAUGGAAAACCAUUCUUCUUUAAUUGUACAUUCCCGUCAAAUUGGAAAACUGCUACUCUUAAUAUUCCUGGUGAACAAGGCUUCAAGUUUGCCACAUUUAAUGACGGACAUUGUGAAGUUCCAUUCGAUAGACGGAAGAACUACAGUAUAGCUUGCCAUGGAGACACGCUAACCUACGGAAUCCUGAAACCGGUGGACCAGACAACAUGGCGCUGCACUUACCGUUACACCAAUAGCACGACUUCAAAGAGAUAUGAAGAGCAUGGAAUCACCACAGUUAUUUUACAACCCGAUAAACCUGUUACAACUCUUCAGAAAACUAACUAUAUCAUCAGUGAAGGUGCCCAUCUAACCAUUCCGUGUACAUUCAGUGGUGCCCCGAUAUCCAGUGUCACGUGGGAGCACAACAAUACAGUAAUGGAGACGUCAAACCAAAACCAACCGUUAAUUCUGAGUUUCUGGAAUGUCUCCAGGACUGCAGCAGGGAAUUACACCUGUAACGUGACUGUAAGCUUUAAAGGGACUUACACAACAUCAAAAAAAGUCAACUUAGUCGUUGAAUAUCCUCCAACACUAAGAUCAAGUAACGACACUACAGUGAACGAAGGAACGGACACCAUUACACUUUUCUGUGACAUCUUAGUGGAUGGGUUUCCAAGAAACUACAGUAAUCUGCACUGGCAGCACUGGCGCAAGAAUCAGUUGAUAAGAGAACUAGAUUCUGAUGACACUCAUGUCAAUCCAAAUGGCAAUAAACAUACCCUUACCUUGACGUCUGUUGGUUAUAGUGACACCGGAUGUUACAAGUGUUUGAUGGGAAAUGGAGUUCCCAAUUUGGAAGGAAAGAUAAAUCAAACGGCUCAAGUGGAUGUGGUCAUAAAAGCUAUUCCACGAAUUCUUGAUCCGAAACCUGAAUACCAUGGCCAAGUUGGGAAGAGAUUUAAGAUAAAGUUUGAAUUAGUGGGACAUCCGGCACCAAAGUCCUCAAUAAUUGUCCUAGAGGGACAAGCUGAUUACAAGAUCAACAAAACGGAGACAAAGGGACCAGUGAAUCUCGUCAUUUAUAACAAAAUAGUCAAAGUUGAUGGAAUUAUUGUGGAAUUGGAUUUUGGCAAAAUAGAAAAAAGGUUUCGCACAACAUACCUAUUCAUCGCUGAAAAUUCGCUGGGGAAUGUAACUCACACGUUUGUGGCACAGGGACAUGAUUUUCCUAGUAAACCUUUCCAUAUCCAUUUCAAAGCAUUCGAAGGUUUUGCUUUACUUGAGUGGGAGGCAAAGUAUCCUGAUACUGACAUGACGUACCACGUCAUUCUCAUAAAUGAUACUGGAGUCCAAGAGAUCUUCAGAAUUCCAGGUCAAAACUCAAAAAUAUAUGAAUAUUGGUUGACAAAUAUUUCAAUGUCCAAAGUUUACAUUCUACAGUUAUGCACAACAAAUGUCCUGGGAAAAAACUGCAGUUCCACGUUUAAAAUUAAAACGGACAAUAUUCUUGCUAGCUCUUUGGAAGUUUCAGCCAAUCAAAAGCCGAGAUCAGACACAACAUUUGCUGUGCUCACCGUGGUUGGUGGAAUCGGACUUCUGUUCAUUUUGAUCUUAGCUGUGAUUGUCUUACGUCAUCGACAAAGAAGAAAACGCAAAAAUCCUCCAUUCUUUGAAAGACAGGUUGUCUUUGGAAGAAAUAGUUAUUCGAUGCAGGGACUUACAAGCGAAUUAGAAAGCUCAGAAAAUACAUGUAACUUAAGAAACGCACGGCUUUCUGUUAACACGUACUUAACACCUCAGUGUAUGAACUCGCCGUUACUGGGAUCAACUUCAUGUCAAUCAAACUCGGGAGGAAACGAAUAUGCAAGUGUGGAUGACCCGGACAUCAUAAAAAUGAGUUCUCAGCGAAAUCGAGAUAAUGGUACAUGUCAUUCAAAUAGCAGUGUACCCAAGGAAACAAAUUGUUCACCAAACCUGCCGAGCCGGGGUAACGAGUAUAUGGCAAUGGGCGAGGAGACAAAAGGUACUCUGAAGUCAAACAAUUCUAAAAGCACGCAACUGAAAAAACCUGGAAUUACCGAAAGUGAGAAUUACCAAAUUACCGAAUACGUGUCUAUGGAUAAUGAAGACGAGAAAAAAGCAGAAUGGCAGAAUGGUGGCUACCUCGAAAUUAAUUAUCCAAAAAAGUACGUGCGGAAGUGAUGUCAAUGAGCUUUACUCUGUCUUGCGCAUAAACGUGCGUGAUAAAAGUUGUUGGACUUCGUGUUUGAAGAAAAAAAAACUGUGCCAAAAAAAGAACGAAGAGACAUGUUUUCUUCAUUACAUCGUGCUGAAGUCUAUGAUAGAGUAGUGAAGAAGAAUUUAUAACCUAAAACACAUACAUUUUAACCGUAACGGGUAAAAAUUCAAUUUUCCCUGUUGUUUUUUAUAUUUUAUGGUCUGUGUUGAUGUCCAUCGUUCAUUUAAAUCUAUGCAUUUGUCAGUUUGCCCUCUUUAAAACACAUUUUUUUUAUGUUUAUAUUUUUGUUUAUAUUGUAUCUCAUGUAUUUCUGACGAUUUGUUCAAUAUUUGGUGUGAAUAACAGUUAUCUUGAUGACGACAUCGUAAUAUUGAGAUACUGAUUUGUCAUCCGGUUGUCGUAAAUUUUGAAUGGGAAAAAUCAGUGAGCAAUAUUUAAAUUAUUUUGAUUCUUUUAACUUUUGCAAUGUACAGAUGUUUGUUUUAUUUUACUUGUAUCGUUUCUGCAAUAAGCAAAAGUCUUAACAUUUUACAUAAAGUUAUACUUUCAGGUUUGAAAUUCACAAAUUUUUAGCGAGAUGUCAGUAUGACAAAGCAAUUUGGUUAAAGCUAUAUUUAUAGCUUUUAUUAUUAAUACACGUACUUACUACUAGCAAAUAGGGAAAUCUGAUAUUAUGAAAAUUUGAGUUGACCAGAGCUUAGUUAGUUUAUGGAAAAUUUUACCAAUUAUUGUUUUUUUUAAUUAAAAGAAUGUAGAAGAAUGCAGCUGCAAACUUUAAUCGAUUACAUCUUUUCUCGUCUUUACAUUUUACUGUAGAAAAAUGAAUUAGUUCAAUCUGCAAAUUUUUACGAUUACAAUUACCGGUACUCGUAAGACUUCGAUGUCAUCAGAUUUCAAACGCUUUGUUUCACAUUGACUACAUUCGACAUUAAUUUUGUUGUCCAUGAUUUUUUUUAUGCAUUGGUAAGGUGUUCGUCGUCCAUCGUCUCUCUGUCUAACCGUCUGUAAACAAUUUUUCAAAACGCUACUCCUCCUACAGUUUUAGUUCAAUAUCGAUAAAACUAGGUCCAAAAGUAGACUAUACUAAAAUACAUAACUCAGUUUGUUCAUCAGUGUUUGAUUUCGCCAUGGUUACUAAUAAUAGAAAUUUCUUUGAAAUUCUUUCAAAACACUAAUCCUUCUACAGUUUUGGUCCAAUUUUCAACACAACUUCACAAGUAGACUAUACUAAGGUACUUAAUUCUGUUCAUCGGUUUUCGAUUUCUACAAAUGAUGUUGCCAUGGUUACUAAAAAUAAAAAUUCUUUGAAUUCAUUAAGGUCACACGACACGUUCCUCAGUAAUAUAUAAAUAAUUUUUUUCCAAGAAUAUGUCGUUGAAGUAUUGGAACUUUAUAACAAGUUUCCUCACAAAAAAAUUGAGGUUCCUUUCCAGGCAUUUGUGCAAGAUACCCGAGGAUGGUGUUUCCUGUAUUAUUCUAUUUGAAAUCACUUGAAUUGACAUUUAUUUGUUGUAUUUAUUUUUCAAGAUAUUUUGAAAACAGUUUAGAUAUCACAAGAUAAUGUUAAUUAUGAAUAUUUUUAAUAUAUUACUAGGGAAAACAAAACAAAUAUUUAAGGAACGUGUCGUCAGACCGUAAGAACGCUACUCCCCUUCAGUUUUGCUCUGAUUAGACUUUCUAUGUAAGUAGAUACCGAGAUACAUCUUUCUUUAAUAAAUAUACACCGGUACAGCUACAGUCUCUUCAGAUUCUGUGUUCUUUUGUUAAUUCUUUUUUUAAAAUAUCUUUAUUAUGUAAAAGGAACGAGAAGGAAAAAAUAAAUUGAGAAUUUUAUGAAUAGUUAAUAAAAUAUAUCAAUGCAAA